UUUACUUUUAAAAAACGACCAUAUGAGGCAUAAUGACCGGUUAAAAACCCUCUGAUCCCGGUUUCCGCUUACCUGGCACUCAUUUUAGUUAAUCUUUAAUUUUUAUUCCACGUCAGUCCCUUAUCGUCAAUUUUAAAAGGCCACCCACCCACGCUUUUGAGAAGACGCCAGUCCCUUAUCGUCAAUCUUUGACCAGAAGCUUUCUUCUCAACAAACGUUGGUCUCCCAGAAAAAGCUAGGGUUCAUUGCUAAGCUCGGCUCAAGUUCUCCAGGAUCGAAAUGUCUUCAAGUUCGUUCACCUCGAAUUCAAGGAUGGGUUCAAACCUCUACUACGAACCUGCUGUGUAUUGUAAUUGUGGAUUAAAAGCACCUUUGUGUGUGGGAAGGGAAAGUGGCCGGAAGUUCUAUGGGUGUCAACGAUGGAAAACACAAGGAGGAGGAUGCAAGUUCUUUGCUUGGAAAGAAGAGAGUAAUGCUAAAUGGGAAAGUUCAGAGUUGAGAUGGGAGGAGGGCAGAAAGCUACUUUAUCAGUUAAGAGAUGAAAAUAUGAGUGUUGGUCAUGAAGUGAGUGAGUUACGAGCUGCACUGCAAUCCGAAAUUCAAGAAAGGAGGAAUUGUAUAAUGUUGAUUACAAUUAUAAUUGUAUUUGUUGUGGUAGCAAUGGCAAUGAUGAUCUGUGUAUUAAAGUAGAAUUUCUAAAGAAUUUUUAUGUAGUUCUUGCAAUGGCUAUGAAGUAACAUUGUAUAACAAUGUAAUUUGUAAUUUGAAUUUCUAAAAGUCAAGGAUUAUAUAUUUAACAUUUUUGUUA